AUGUCAGCUGAGGUAACAGAACGGUUCAAAGUAUGGACCGGAAACAACGAGACGAUAAUCUAUUCUCCUUUUGAAUACGAUUCCACGUGGCUCAUCGAAUCAUGGUGGGACGACUUGACAAUGCAUACAUUCUUUAAAAAUCACUGGUUCAAAUCUGUCUACUUGUCAGCUGCUUAUGUUAUUGCUACGAAUUUAUUGACGAGAUAUAUGGAGCCAAGGAAACCGAAAAGUAUGCGACCUCUAUUACUACUUUGGAAUGGAAUCCUCGCCGUAUUCAGUAUUAUGGGAACAUGGAGAUUCGGAAUCGAAUUCUAUGAUGCUGUCUUCAGAAGAGGAUUCAUUGACUCAAUCUGUUUGGCAGUCAAUCCACGUUCCCCAUCCGCAUUCUGGGCGUGCAUGUUCGCUCUAUCGAAAAUCGCCGAAUUCGGUGAUACAAUGUUCCUUGUGCUCAGAAAACGACCAGUGAUUUUCCUUCAUUGGUAUCAUCACGCCGUUGUUCUGAUCCUCUCUUGGCAUGCUGCCAUCGAAUUGACUGCUCCAGGACGUUGGUUCAUCUUCAUGAACUACUUGGUUCAUUCCAUUAUGUACACUUAUUAUGCAGUCACUUCUGUUGGAUAUCGGCUUCCAAAAUUGGUUUCAAUGACAGUGACAUUCUUACAAACACUGCAAAUGUUCAUUGGUGUCGGCAUUUCGUGUAUCGUUCUGUAUUUGAAACUCAAUGGAGAGAUGUGCCAACAAUCCUACGACAACCUUGCCUUGAGUUUCGGAAUCUAUGCCUCCUUCCUUAUUCUUUUCUCCAGUUUCUUCAACAAUGCCUACCUGGUCAAAAAAGAAAGUAAACCAGCUGUGAAGACGGAUUAA